AAUGUCAAACUGACAUUCAAUAAAAACUUUCAAUAUGACAUUCUUUUAGUUUCCUCUUUGUAAAUUGACACAACAAAAUGUCUAAGAGAGGACGUGGAGGUUCCGCGGGAGCGAAAUUCCGCAUCUCACUGGGUCUCCCAGUGGGUGCAGUUAUUAAUUGUGCAGACAACACAGGAGCAAAGAACUUGUAUGUCAUUGCUGUCCAAGGUAUCAAGGGACGACUUAACAGAUUACCAGCUGCUGGUUCAGGUGAUAUGAUUGUAGCCACAGUCAAGAAGGGUAAACCAGAACUAAGGAAAAAGGUAAUGCCAGCAGUUGUGAUCCGGCAGCGGAAACCAUUCAGGAGGCGUGAUGGUGUGUUCAUUUAUUUUGAAGACAAUGCAGGUGUUAUAGUAAACAACAAAGGUGAAAUGAAGGGUUCUGCUAUUACUGGUCCUGUUGCAAAGGAGUGUGCAGAUCUAUGGCCCCGUAUUGCAUCUAAUGCUAGCUCUAUAGCUUGAAUAUAUGUUAAGAUCUAA